AUGGUGAAUGUUCCUAAAACCUGCCGGACUUUCUGUAAGGAGAUUAAGGAACUUAAAACUCCCUGCGGCAAGCAUCAACCCCACAAAGUGACACAAUACAAGAAGGGCAAGGAGUCUCUGUAUGCCCAGGGAAAGCGGCUUUAUGACAGAAAGCAGAGUGACUAUGGUGGGCAGACUAAGCCGAUUUUCCAGAAAAAGGCUAAAACUACAAAGAAGAUUGUGCUGAGGUUUAAAUGUGUUGAGCCCAACUGCAGAUCUAAGAGAAUGCUGGCUAUUAAGAGAUGCAAGCAUUUUGAGCUGGGAGGAGAUAAGAAGAGAAAGCGCCAAGUGAUCCAGUUCUGAGCUUCAUAUUUU